CCAGCCAGGUUGGUGAAUGGGAUCACAUGUUGCUUCCUGCCAUGCCCCAAGUGCGCGCGCGCACACACACACAGUCUCUCUCUCUCGUACCCCUCGCUCACAGGUGAAUUCCUCCCCUCUUUAAUUGAAAGGCGAAUCUUGGGAAGGUGGUAGAGUUGGGUGGCCUCGUUGUAAGAACUCCCCGUUGCAAAGGAGAAAGGGGAAAAAAAUGUUACCUUUCUCGUAAUUCUUUUCUCUGUCUUUUGCGUCUUCCGGUUUCUUGCCUCCGUCUGGGGUUUGGGGAGCCGCAUGAAGCUCGGCAUCGCUUGGGAGUAGAGGGGAUUAGGUGCUGGCGAAGAAUGAAAGAAGGUUUCAAAGAUGGGCAAUUGCGGAACCAGAGAGGAUAAUGCCGUCGUCGCCGCUCAUGCGCAAGUUCAGCAGCUCCAAAUGUUCCAACUACCUGUUAAGAAUGCUCUUCCAGAGAAAAAACACACUCGUACUUUCUCAGAUAUGAGUGACCCCUCGACUCCUCGACACAUUGAGGAUUCAAGAAACAUUGCAAUAUACAAUGAUGUGAUAGCAUUCACAUUGUUCGAGCUAGAGACGAUUACAAAGAGCUUCCGGCCAGAUUAUGUUCUUGGUGAAGGAGGGUUUGGCGCUGUCUACAAGGGUUAUAUAGAUGAGAAUGUGAGAGUUGGCCUCAAAUCACUUCCGGUCGCCGUUAAGGUCCUCAACAAAGAUGGUCAUCAGGGGCAUAGAGAAUGGCUUACAGAGGUUAAUUUUCUAGGACAACUGAGGCACCCUAAUCUAGUGAAGUUGAUCGGAUAUUGCUGUGAAGAUGAUCAUAGGCUUCUUGUCUAUGAGUUCAUGUUCCGUGGAAGUCUUGAGAACCACUUGUUUCGAAAGGCAGCUGCUCCACUAUCCUGGGCAACAAGAAUGUCAAUCGCACUUGGUGCUGCUAAAGGGCUAGCUUUCCUUCACAAUGCUGAAAGACCUGUUAUCUAUCGAGAUUUUAAGACCUCGAAUAUUUUAUUGGACUCUGAUUACACAGCCAAGCUCUCUGAUUUUGGUCUUGCAAAAGCUGGACCAGAGGGUGAUGAGACCCAUGUGUCAACAAGGGUGAUGGGAACCUAUGGUUAUGCUGCCCCUGAAUACGUCAUGACAGGUCAUUUGACAGCCAGGAGUGAUGUCUACAGUUUUGGAGUUGUCCUUCUUGAGCUCUUGACAGGUCGGCGAUCUGUGGAUAAGGCACGCCCAAGUAAGGAGCAGAGCUUGGUUGACUGGGCUCGUCCGAAGCUCAAUGACAAGAGAAAGCUACUGCAAAUCAUUGACCCCAGGUUGGAGGAUCAAUAUUCCGUGAGAGCAGCUCAGAAGGCCUGUAGCCUGGCAUACUACUGCUUGAGCCAUAACCCGAAAGCAAGGCCUCUUAUGAGUGAUGUCGUGGAGACGCUUGAGCCCCUGCAGGUGAGCAGUGGAAGUGAGGGCUCAUUGCAGGCAGUAGGUGGCAGUGGGAUUUCCGAGUACAAGAUGCACCGUAGACUUGCAGGAAGUGGGGUCAGCUGUAGAGCCACACCAAACGCAAAAUGUCCGCCAAGUGCUCUUCCGGCAUGCAGGGUCAGGAACACACCGGACUGUGGUCCUUUUUUUACAGGAGGAGGCGUGGAGAUCUGACUUAGCCAUUGAUCUUUUCUCUCUCCCCUCGAGAUUGAUACUGUUGGAUAGUUCUUGCUUUGUGCUAAAAUUCAGAAAUGGGACCGGUGCGAGUGACAAAGUUGUAUCUGUCGGACGAACACAUCUUUCA